ACAGACAAGACUCGGCCACUCAGUGGUUCACAGGGAUCAUCACACAUCAUGACCUCUUCAGCCGUAAUAUGGUUGUGAUGAAUGACCAGGUUCUAGAGCCCCAGAACGUUGACCCCUCUAUGAUCCAGAUGACCUUUCUGGACGAUGUGGUCCACUCUCUGCUGAAAGGAGAGAACAUCGGUAUCCAGUCCCGACGCAGGUCCCGUUCCAACCAGAACAACUCUGCCCACGGUCACUACACCCGCGCCCAAGCCAACAGCCCCAGACCAGUCAUGAACUCCUCUGGCGGGGCAGUGAAGCAGGGGUCAGGGGUCACCACCCAGCAGGGUCAAGGUCAGGGCGGGUCCCAGAGCCAGCACUCCCCUUGCCAGGAACAGACGCAGCACCGCGGACCUGGCUUCUCCAGGAGGAAGGGAUCUGACAGCAGUGUCCCUGAUGAUGACUUCAAGGGAGACAACGUGGACUGUAACGAGAGAGCAGGGAGAGGAGGUGAGGAUGAUGGGGAAGAUAGAACAAGAGGUGAGGAGAUCGUGGACGCUGGAGGAAUUUCACCUGUUUUACUUCAUGUACUGUGUGGUCAAGCUGUUCCAUUGACCUGAGAUGAGUAGAGCUCUGAAAGCAUUUAG